AUGACAGACAUGAGCCAGCCCUUGAUCCAAGUCCAUCGUGUGCCCAAGAAUCAAUUGUUUCGGCAAGUGCGAGGUAACAGCAUGUUGAAAAAGAGAGAUCAAGAGCCUGAAUCUGUGGUCCAUUGGCUUGUGCCUGAACUGUGCUAUCAAUACCCCAUCAGUGCCAGCGUGUAUCAAACAUUGCAACUGGUGCCUGACAUCAUGACGCACAUUGACGCUGUCUUACUCCUGCACGAUGCAAAGAAAUCAUUGAGAUUGUCUAACAAAAUGAAGGAUUCGUACAUGUUGGAAGCAUUCACAGCCUCGUCUGCUGGUCUGGAAAAGGAUUAUCAGCGCCUUGAGUUUUUGGGAGAUUCUGUGCUCAAAUUCAUCACAUCCACCUAUGCAUUUGUCACUCUGCCCAUCAGCAAUGAGUACGAGCUCACUGAAUCGCGUAUGCGUAUGGUCAGCAACAAAGCCCUGUUUAAAUCAGCCAUCCAGCUUCGAUUAUACGAAUACAUUUGCAGUCAAAAUCUGCCUCGUCGUUUCUGGAGACCUCCCAAUUACACGUGCAAGGAUGAUAGCGCUGAAAUGACCAAAUCCUUGACCUACCACAAGCUAUCCGACAAGACGCUGGCAGACGUUGUUGAAUCGACACUGGGCGCGUCCUAUUUAUCGUGCUUGGAUGACAAGAAAGUCGACGAGGCACUGAAUGAAGCGUUAUACACCACACAGCGAUUGUUGGUACCGAUGCAAGCGGUGAAGCAAUGA